AUGGACGUGACGCUUCUGAACGAAACCAUUGAGCAUUGCUAUAAGCAGCCGGAGACAGAAACAUACAGGCUAUUUGCAAUGACAGUGAAUGGUUAUUUGACAACAGCGCUAGUCAUUCUGGGUACCAUAGGAAACGCUCAUGGAGUGAAACGGGUCCAAGUGACAAAUUUGGAUAAGAAAAGAGGAAUCGUGCUGGCCGUGUCGCUAAUAGCGCUCGCUAUUUGGGACACAAUACUGUUAUGGUGCGCAUUUUUCUACUAUGCUAUUCGCAAGUUACCGAUCGCCGUCAACUCUGACUGGCUGAAUAUCCUUAUGCCAUGGUUCCAUCCGUUUUCAAAUAUUGCGAAUACUGCUGCGACAUGGUGUGUGGUUGCGAUAACAUGGCAACGGUUUAUGGCCACAAGAGAUCCAUUUCGCACUCCAAGAUCUGCAGCUUUGGUGCAAUCGUUUCGAAGUGAACGACGGAUAUCAUUCAUGUACUGCUCAACUUAUCGACGAUUGCUCCGGAUGCCAAUAGCUCUUUCGACGGGAGCUGUGCUCCUAAACAUUCCUGCAUUUUUUGAGUUCAACAAUUAUUUGUGUUAUAAUCAAGAGGAGAAUCGCAUUGCAGUAUCGGUUCGAUUGACAGCUUUGCGAAACCAGAAAGCCUAUGCUCUCUAUCGCAUGAUCUCACGAAUGAUUGCCGUGUCCAUUGGCCCUAACCUCUGUAUUUUGAUCCUAACUCUGCUUACUGUGUUCAUGCUUCGAGGAUCCAAUCGCACAAGGAGGGAGCUUUUCCACAUGAACGAGAACUUCCUCGAUCGCAAUGCCUCUAGGGAGAUCCUACAAACGUUAAUCUCCAUUAUGUUGGUGUCCAAGUUUCUCUGCUUUAGAAGCCUGACUUUUGUGCUCGAUUUGGUCGAAGUGACAGUUGGAGUGGGGAGUUACAACUACUACCUCGUCGAUAUCUCAAACUUCCUCGUCAUCCUCAACUCAGCCACCAAUAGCCUCGUAUUCCUCAAAGCUACGACAUGGCUGAAUAAUCGCCUUGUCGAGAGAAAGACAAUGAGACGAAAGAAAACUGUGUGCGAUGCAGGGCAACUUUUCGGCGCUCGUCUCAGCAUUCUAAGAUCAUCGUGGGAUCAAGCGCUUGCAUUGAAUGGCAAGAAUCUGGGGAUGCGGAUUCUGCACUCGAUACUUCGACGUCAGCCUACUCUUUUGGCCGUAUUUCGUGCUCCGAAUCUUAUGCUGUACGCGAACGACAAGUUGGAAGCCGAAAUGUUCGCUUUGCUCACUCAUGGGAGCACCAAGAAUUUCGAUCUGCUUAGCAAUUCCAAAUAUGCGGAAGUAGCGGAGCGAAUUUCUUCGUUCAUUACUGAGUUACUGCAGAUGAUGCAGGACGGGAAGCCAGAGGAGUACAUUGUGAUGCGAAUCCGGCGGAUCGGAGCGAUCCACUAUCAACACGGGAUUCCGUUCCCAUCGGCCGUUUGGAGAGAGUUCAAGUCCAGCACGCUCACCAUCAUAUCAGAAUGCGAAUUUAAAAGCCAUGAAGAACGCCAAGCCGCUCUGGAUGCUUGGAACAUCUUCAUUUCAUUCAUCAUUCGAGAGAUGAAAAUGGGUACAUGGGCGAUGGGCGACACUCUUAGUGGCAUCGCCUGA